AUGAGACAGUCAAACUUUAGUCUUCUAUGAAAAUGUAACAUUUUCGAGAGUUGAACGAAAUUUCGUGUAAUCUCGAAUGUCAUGUAACCCAUAAAUGUAAUAACUAUUAAUAUUACACUAAAAAUACAUUCGAGGAAAGAUUAAAUUAACAAACAGUGGCACUGGUCGUUCUGUCACAAUUAGUGAUCGGGUCAGGUACACAAAAAGCUAUGGUGAACUCGCAACAUGUUUGCAUCAGCUGUAACAAUGGUGCUAGUGAAAAUAUUGGGCGAACAUAAUUCCGCGUGUAUUAAUCAAGCAUAAAUACGCGUCAAAAAACGCUCGUUUUGAUUCUGAAGUGCACUAAUCAUUUCGUAAUAUAAAGUACAGGCUAACAAGAAAUCAUCUCGAUUUCAGAGUAACUGUCAAACAUGACCUUUUUAAUAUGAAAGUAAUGCUGCAAACGGAGAAAAUUCAGCUCAACAUCGGAGAAAGUGAAAAUACAAAUAAUACCAAUUUUUAUACUUUCAAAAGUAUCAUGUUCUUCGCGUACGCGUAAAACAUUUCUUACGAGUAUUUUACACCCGAUCUUGUGACCUUUGACACAGCAUGGCAAACACACCCGACUCUUUCACUUCUGGGGGCUUUGUAUUUUACGAUAAUUUUGAUUCGGCCAAUUUAGCCAGAGUUGAACUGGUAAAAGUGCCAGAGACAUCUGAAAAAGAUGGGAACGAAGCAGAAAGUAAAUCGUGCAAAAGCUCAUCCUUGGAAGACACAACAGAUUAUGAGUUCAACUUAUGGACAAAACACGAUUGUCAUGGGACCCCAUUUCAGAACAACAAUAGAACAUGGUUUUACUUUGGUGUUAAAGCUUGUGCUCCAGGAGUUUGUGUCAAAUUUAAUAUAGUCAACUUAAAUAAACAAGUUAAAAUGUUUAGCCAAGGAAUGUGUCCAGUUUUUAAAGUUGUACCUGGUCACAUGCAUUGGGAACGGAUUCGUGACAGACCUACAUAUUCUCUGGAUCAGAAAGGCAGUGACUUCACGCUAUCUUUCCUUUACUUUACUCCUGAAAAUUGUAAAGCCAUUACAUAUUUUGCGUUUACUUAUCCUUUUUCUUAUACCGAUCUACAAAACUAUUUAAAAAGAGUCGAUACAAGAAUAGCAAAGAGAACUAUAACAUGUGUAGAUGAUGUUUAUUAUCAUCGAGAAUGUGCAAUAAAGUCUCUAGAAGGACGAAGAAUGGAUAUUGUAACGAUAAGUUCAUUUCACAACAUAUCAACGGAGAGAGAAGACAGACUGAACAAUAUGUUUCCUGAAAAAAAUGAGGAGCGACCUUUUAAAUUUUGGAAUAAAAAAGUCAUUUUUAUUAGUGCCAGGGUCCAUCCAGGAGAAACACCAUCUAGCUUUGUUUUCAAUGGCUUCCUUAACUUCCUUCUAAAUCGCGAUGACCAGAUCGCAACAAAUCUCCGUCGCCUAUAUGUGUUCAAGCUGAUACCAAUGCUCAACCCUGAUGGUGUGGCCAGGGGUCACUAUCGAAUGGAUACUAGAGGAGUUAAUCUUAAUAGAGUCUACCUUAAUCCUUCUGUAAAAGAUCAUCCAACGAUAUAUGCUGCAAGAAAUUUGAUAAGAUAUUAUCAUCACACGUAUGAACUACCUAAAGAGGAUGAAGUUCCAAGUGUUAAUUAUGAAAAUGGAGAAAACACGUUGGCUAUUAUCGAUUCCUCUUGUACAAUCGCUAAUAUUGUACGCGAUACAACAACACGAUUGCUUCAACAGGUAACACUUAUGACAUUAGAUGAAAAACAUAAAGAUCAACCAGAAAUUUUUCAGGAAUGCGCAUUACUCAAAAGCAACUUGGAUGACAUGCCUCAGGGUGGUGGAGAAGGACUGUGUAAUAAUACAGAAGAAAGAGAUAAUUCUGUAGAACUAAAAUCUGAUAAAAACACUUAUACAGCUGUUGGCAUAGGACAGUCACCUAAAGAAGACUCUGGAUUAUAUUUAUAUAUCGAUCUUCACGGCCACGCUUCAAAGAAGGGAGUUUUUAUGUAUGGCAAUUACUUCGAAAAUCCAGAAGAUACGAUAACGUGUAUGCUUCUACCAAAAUUAAUGUCAAUUAACAAUCCAAAUUUUCAUUUUACCUCGUGUAAUUUUACGGAAAGAAACAUGUAUAUUAUAGACAAAAGAGAUGGUAUGUCCAGGGAAGGAUCAGGACGUGUAGCUGUAUAUAAAUUAACUGGUCUUAUACAUAGUUACACACUCGAAUGCAAUUACAAUUCUGGACGUUUGGUAAAUACAAUGCCUGCAAGGAUUCGCGAUGGUGUUAGCAAAACCAUGCCUCCUAUAUUCGUUCCACCGAAAUAUACACCAGCAGUUUUCGAAGCGGUUGGAGCAGCGUUAGGCCCCUCAAUUCUUGACCUUACAAAUAACAAUCCUAAUAGUCGACUGCCAAAUAGUCAGUAUCGUUCUUUAAGGGGUGUAAAAUCUUAUUUAAAAUUAGCAUACGUGAACAAUCUCUCAACGCCAUUCAGCAAGUCUCUACAUAAGGAUGCUAACGAUAUCGUGUCUCAAGAUUUGUACAAAUUAAAAGGGAUUAGACCUCAGAUAAGCGAUUCCUCGGUUGGUCCAAAGAAGUCGAUGAAGAGCGAAACGAAUCUCGUUAAAAAAUCGUCUAUGAUUCGUCGCAGCACGUCUCUUUACACAGCAGUGAAACGAAUAAAAAGUAACAAGAAACCUCGACAAACUAUAACUCGUAGACCGUUAAAGAAUCAGUGCGUUAACAACAUCGAAAAUAAUUCCAAAAUUCCCGCAAUUAGAUCAGAGGGCGUUGUAAAAGCUUUUCUAAAGACUACAGAGAAUCGUUUGAAAACGUCUAGCUUCGGGUGCAUUAACGAUCCCGUGGGAUCGCAAAUGAGAGAGUCUAGAGAAUAUCAGGCCAAGAAACCAAUGACAACAAACAAAAUAUCAAAAGUGGCGUUGACUUACGAAGAAACAGCAAUCGUGAAACAAGGAGCGAAGAGAUUGAAAAUAGUUUCUACGAGAGUGAACAAAGCCCGCCCGGAAGUAGGAGAAUCGUCCAACGUACAGGAAACGUCCAAGUUGCCGACAAAAUUAUUUUUGUGCAAUAAGCAAACCGCAAAAGGAACUUCUAGAACGAUUAAAAAACAGUGCCGUAACUUAGAACAAACUAAAGCAAAGUCUUCCAUAUCCAAAGAUAGGAGUAUGAACACCAUAGUAGUAGAAAACUUGGUAAACGACGAGCAAACUAAUGAAAUUUUAGACUAAAUUUGCCCAUCAAGUGUAUCGCCGUAGAAGAGCAACGCAUUAGCGAUCGGUUAUAGCUUUACAAUACCUUUAGAUAAAUAAUUUACAUAUUAAAAAUUAUGUACCUACGCAGAGCGCGAAAAUUGUGAUCAAAUAUUUAGAACAUGUGAAAAGAAAUAUUGAGUAGCGUAUGCUGCACUGUUAAAAACAUAUUUGUUUCUUUAUUUAAAAGUAUUAACUUUAUGUUGGAUGAUUAGAACAUUUCAUGCCAAAAGCAUGUUAAUGUUGCGUUGUAAUAUUAGUAUUACUUUCGCAUAUUUCGUACUAAAUUCGCUGUAUCUAUAUUCAUAUUAUAUUACAUUAUACAUGUAUUAAAUAUGGCAUACACGUGUAAAUUUUAGUGUAUAUUGUUUAUGUAAAACAAAAAACAAACAAACUGAAUAGUAAUA